AUGAAUUAUAACCAUCACUAAAUCGUGGAGAUAUGGUUGAGGAGAUUCCGUGAAUGCUUGAACUUCUGCUAUGGAAGUGAUUCAUAGAUGAUUACCAUGGAAUUACACAAAGGAAGUGUUUAAUUAUUGAGUGUACCUUAAAACAAAAACAUUUUCAACACUAGGAAAUAUAGAUUAUAUAACUUUUUACCCAAAACCCUAUUCGCUGCAUUGGAAAGAUUCGGAAACAUCUAUCUUUUAGGGAUUUCCUUAAUAAUGUUGAUAGAUCCAACAUUGUCUCCCUUUUAUAGAUGGAUCACCAUCUUCCCUGUCGGAUUGAGUGUGAUAUUUUAUGUCUUUAUGGAAUUCAUACUCGACAUACGCAGAUAGACUCAUGAUCAUAAGAUAAAUAUGCAAACAACAUCCAGAGGUGCGAAAGAUGGUGCAUUAGAAACCAUAAAAUGGAGUGAUAUUCAAAUUGGAGAUGUGCUCUAUCUGAUUAAAGGAGACAUUGUGCCUGCAGAUAUCAUACUAUUGGACACAGGAUAAGUAAGAGACAGAGAGGCAAUUUGUAUGGUUGACACACAAUAUUAUGAUGGUAAAUCUUCUCUGGCCAAGAAGAAAUCCUCCUAUUUGACUCAAUUGAUAGUCUUGAGAACAAGAUUGAAGAAUUAGUUUCCAGAAUACAGAAAAAUGUUGACUGGAAAAUUGGAAUACGAAGCACCCAAUGGAAACACCGAAAGAUUUCAUGGUAGAUUAAAAUUGAAGAAGGAUCCCAAAAAUGAAGAAUUGACCAUUGACAAUUUCAUCCCCAAAGGCACGAAGAUUAAAUAGACUUCCUGGUUAUUCGGUUUAGUUGUCUACGUUGGUGAAAACACUAAAACUAUGCAAAGUAGUCAUUACAAUGCACAGAGACGCAGUUUUGAAGAAAAGCAGUGCAAUUUCUAUUCAUUCCUCAUGGCUUGCUUAUCCCUCUUCUUCACUUUGAUUUCUAUCAUUGUUCUAUUGGCCAGAUCAGAUGAAGGUUACUACGCCUUAUUGAUUGAUAACAACACCACCAAUGGAAUGAAGGUCUUCUAAUUGGCAAUUCUGUAUGCCUAAUUAAUUCCAUCCACUCUUUAUCUACUAUUAGAUUUCGUAAACUUCGUUUCUUUAUUUAAAUAUGAAAUCAAUUAAAUUGAAGAUAAUAUUACUAAGUAUGUUAAAAUCAAUACUGCUAACAACCUGAGUGAUUUAGGCCAUGUUGAUUAUAUGCUGAUAGACAAAACAGGGACUUUGACUACUUCUUAUUACAAAUUGGAUAAUCUUUUAUUUGGUUCCCUGUCAUUUACUUUGAAUUAUGAUCAAUUACAAACAACUUUGAAUUAAAAAUCUGUCAAACCUGAAGAUAAUGAGGAUCCAGUUAAAUUUGCUAGCAUCCAUGAUGGCAAUGAAUAUUUGAUCCCAUUUGAAUAUGAGAAGAACACCAGUCAUGCAGAUGUCAAACCCAAGUGUGUAAAAACAUCCAAUAACAAUCCUGUUUUUAGUUAGAUUACAGCCUAGCCUUAGAAUAAGAGGAUGACAAUGUUAGAGAACUCAGUCUAACAACCUUUGCAAUAUUAUAUGUAGACAAGAAUAUUUUUACCAUAACCUAAAACUAGAAAUAGCCCUGGAAAUAAUAAUGAUGAGUUCAUUUAGUUAGUCAACCAAUUAAAAAGUAGUUCACCUCAAAAAGAGUACCAAUAAACUGAAGAUAUAAACACAUUGUAUUAUGAUGCAUUUCUGAAAUGCUUAAUGUUAUGCCAUGAAGCUAGACCAGUAUUUGGGGCUGAUUCGAUUACCUACGAAUCCUUCUCAAAAAGUGAGGAAAUAGCAUUGACAUUUGCUCGUUCUUGUGGUUACUCUCUUGAAAAUUUCAAUAAAUUUGAUAGUCCUGAUAUGUACUUAUGUAAAGUAAGAGGAAAUCCUAUAUGGUAUCAAGUAUUAGGAUUGAAUUUGUUUACAUACACUAGAAAUCUGAAUUCUGUUGUUAUUUAGGCUCCUAUGACGAUGGAUCUAGAUUUAAAAUAAAAGUUUGAAGCAAUCAAUUAACUAUGUGGGGAAGGAUCGAAAAACAAUUCAUUAUUAAUUUGUAAAGGAGAUUAUGAAGCAAUAAAAGCUAAAUUGUAAUUAAAUCAUAAGGAAAGGGAAGAACUAGACUCCUACAUCCAGCAUUACAAAUAGAGAGGAAUCAGAAUGAUUAUCUAUGCUACUAGAGUAUUGAGUGAGAAGGAGACUGAAAAUUACAAAUAGCAAUUUAAUCUGUUGCAUAGUUCAUUAACAAAUUAGGAUACUCUUCUUGAAAAGUUGGCCUUAGAAUAUGAGAAGGAGUUGAAUAUUUUGGGAAUGACAGGAUUCAAAGAAGAAUUGAAAAAUGAUGCUUUAGAUUUCAUUAGAACUGUUAAAGAUUGUAAUAUUGAUAUAUGGUUAUUGAGUGGGGAUUAGGAAGUACAAACAAUCAGUUGUGCAUAAUCUCUAGAGAUGGCUGCGACUUCUAAAUAUCUGAGGAUUGUGGCCACUGAUAAGGAAUAGAUAUGGUUACAAAUUAAUACAGCUAUCGGACAGAUCUAAAGUGAAAUGUAGAAGAUACAAGAGAAAUAAUAAGAAAAGCAUUAGAAUGAGAACAUGCUGAGUAGAAGUAUGAUUAAAUCAUGUGUGACAUUUUUUGAAGGAGCAUAAUAUUAAUAGGUGUUACAAUUUGCUUUGGUAGUUAAUGGUCAUUCCCUUUCUUUGAUUAGUGAAUCACCUGAUCUAAUGAGUCAUUUCAGGUUCUUAUCUUGUGUUUGUAAGAAUGUGAUUGGAUUCAACAUGAAUCCAUAAUAAAAGGAAUUAGCAUGUACUAUAAUUCGUAAUUACUUUCCAAAUAAUCCUACUGUUCUUGGAGUUGGCGAUGGAUAUAAUGAUGCAUUGAUGAUGCAAGCAGCGAAUGUCAGUAUUGAAAUCAUUAACAGCAAAAGAAAUCAUAUUUAUCCUCAAGUGAAUGCAGGUGACAUCAGUGUUAAUACACUGUCUGAAAUCAAAGUGUUGUUAUUAUAGAAAUGCAAAUUACAUAGUGAAAGAGUGUCAUCCAUGAUCAUCUAUCUGUUUUAUUGUGCUGGUUUCUUGGGAAUGACUCUAUUCUUCUUUAAUUGGUUCUGCCAAUUCACAGCCACGUCUUUGCAUGAUUCAAUGACGGUGUUUUUAUACAUUUUUAUGUACACCACUCCAAAUGCUUUGGUGAUAGGUUUGGCCGAUAAGUAAACUUAACCUUUAGUGAAUACUCGAUUUCCUGCAUUUUAUAUAGAUGGGCAAAUAAGAACUCGUAGAUUCUGGCUUUAUUAUCUGCUUGAAGGAUUUUUGGAGUCCUUCAUUUGUGCAGCUUACACAUUCUAUUCUUGCAUUUACAUGGUUAAUUAUGCAUGGACGAAUGAUAGUCACUAAUCAGAUUUAUAAAUGGUAGCUACAUCAAUUAUCUAUUUGCUCAUCACUGUGUCUACUCUAAAAGUAAUGUUUAGACUCAUCUGCAAUAGUGUAAGUGUCGUGAUCAUAGCCUUUCUAUUCACUUUUGGAUUAUUGGUAGGAUUUGUUUUCCUAAAUUACAGAGGAGACUUUAGCAAUUUUGAUUAUCAAGAAUUGACAUAUCAAUUGUUUACAAGAUUUAAUAGCAUCGUUGCCAUGGUAUUUAGUCUAAUUGGGUGUUACUUUAUCAAUUACUUUUUACAUGAUGUUAUAAAAUUGAUAUACUUUCCAAGUGCCUAUUAGUAAUUUGCAUUUCAGAAUAAAAGUGGUAUAGAAUAAGAAGUGAUUACAAACAAAGAGAUCUUGUAUCAAUGUCUAGAUUAGCAUGUUAAUGUUUCAUCCAUAAUUCAGAAGGUGUUCAUUGAUUGUUCAGCAACUUCACCUUACAUAUAAGAGAUUUUGAAUCCGGGUGAUACCAAAGUAACAGAAAUGAAAUUGAAGCCUCUAACUCUUGAGAUGAAGGAGUUAGUUCUGGAAUAAAAGUUUUUGGCUCACAAAUAAGCUCAAUCCCUAAAGCAUUUGCGAGUAUUCUUGUGCAUUCUGUUAUUAUACUACAUUGCAUAUUGUUUAACAGACUUACUUUUUGACAGAUCAAAGAGUGUUCACAGGAGCGUAUUACUUAGUUGUAUUUGGUAUCAUCCUUAUUAUAAUCCUCUUUUCUUUUAGUAAUGCAAUGGAAUAAUCAUCAUUAUACAUACUCACAUAUAAUAGUGCUGA